CUGGAAGGUUGCGAAUAACAGACAAACCAGCGCAAGAGAUAUGAAUACUCACAGCUUGCGACCAUUUUCAGGUGGACUUGUCGCAAGUAGCAUUUCCGUAUCCAAGGUCCAUCGGGAUCUCUGACGUUCAGGCUUUUCCAAGUAACAAAUUUAUAUUUGCAUUAAAUUCCUGCUGCUGGUUGAACCGCUAAAACGUAGAAUUCAAUCUGCAACUGCUACGUUUCAACACAUUAGGUCUACUGCACUCCAAGUAACGGGCAUCCGAACGGUUUCUGGGUCAUAACAAUUCUUCCAGAGCUAUAUAAGAGACAGAUCUAAAGCCGUGUCCCAUAGUCAUCGACCUGCAACUAGGGCAAAAUGUCGUCCGUCGACCGUGUAGCUUACAUGGACAACAUUAGAAGUAGUCAGAUAGCUGAGCAGAUCAAUCGUGAAAAGGACAUCCAGCGAAAAUACUUCCAAGAGCAGGAAGCAGCAGGGCGCAUAGUUCCAAAGCCGCCCUCUCCAGCCCCAGAAAGGAAGUCUAUCCUGGAGACAGUUGGUGUUCCCGAACAUGUCAAGACAAUAAAGCAAGACCCUGAGCAGGCGUUGAGCUUGAGUAUCAGUAAACAUACUUGGAAGGCGAAUCCAGGAUACCUCGUGCGCGAUGGACCCUCGAUGGCAUCCGUCAUGAAGAAGGACUACGUGUGGGACGAGGAGGAGAUCCAGCUGAUGAAGGAGCAGGGCCUUCUUGACAAGAAGUACAACCGUCGGCGUGAUGAGUUUGUGGACUACAGUGAGGCCUCGGCGCGGAUGAUCCACUUAAAAAAGGGUGCAGCCCCAGCAAAAUGAACGCCUGGAUGUGAUGGCACCUGUUCUCCAGUACCAUAUGCUAAUGUGUGUGCGCCUAACCAGAUACUGUACAUAAUAUCGAGGAAUGUAUGGUGACAUGACGCGUGCAGGUGUAGGUGCUCUACGGUUCUGUGGUUAGGUCAAGGUUUAGGCAAACGUAGGGAUGUGCACACCGUCAUGCCAAAGCAGGGAAUAGGCAUGUGAAAACGGGCAGUUGCUCACUAGAAAGCAAUGACUGCUGCCAUAGAAAUAGAUUCAUUAUUAGAACAGCAGCUGUAGUUUGCAGAUAGGGGUUGCGCCCGGAGCCCUGUAAGCGGCGGGCGCAGGGCAGCCUAAAGCCCCUGAAGACGGUACUUGAAUGGCAGCGUGGGGCGGAUAAUUGUACUUACGGAACUUUUUCGGCAUUGCUCCAUGCCAUAAAUUGUGUGGAUUCUGGACUUCUGGAUGUGGGGACACGGACAGACACAAAUGCUUUUCGCUUACAUUUUUGGUGCAGUGCGGAUACGACAUGGCGUACAAGCAAUCGGGCACUAUGUUGUUAGGGAUCUAACUUGCUUCUUGUUCACUUAUUUUAAGUGUAACGCGUUACUUGACACUAGGCCGUCAAGCAGGCGAACACUAUCACGUGCAAUCUCGGAAACAGAGGUUUUGUUGUUUGUAAAAUUCUUGCAGUUGC